AUGGGAAGAGUCAGUUCUAAGCUUAUAAAAAACGCAUCCAAGCAGUUUGUAGAAAAGCACUACGGAAACCUCACGCUAGACUUCUACGAGAACCGGGACGUGCUUGAAUCCUCGUCAAUUAUCAAGGGAAAGAAGGUGCGAAACAAGAUAGCAGGAUACGCAACCAGACUUAUGAAGAGAAUACGAUACGAGAAGGUCAAGGGUGUUUCUAUCAGAGCCCAGGAAGAGGAGAGAGAAAGAAGAGACAACUUCGUGCCUUCAGAAAGUAUUAUUGAUGUCGAGCGAAUAGAAGUGGACAGCGUGACCAUGGCUAUGAUAAAGGAGGUUGGCCUGACCGGAAGCUUCUUUGUUCCAUCUCUCGAGGAAUAA